UGCAGCUCCAAUGCAGCACCACAGAAGAACAGUUGGAGACCAAGUUCAGUGCUGAGAGAGAGGAACUACAAAGACGUCUUGCUGAACAAGUGUUGUCCUCAGAAUCACAUGACAUGACAAACAUUAAACAACAUGCAGUGGAUGUGACCCUGGAUCCUGAUACAGCACAGCCCUAUCUCAACCUGUCUGCUGAUGGGAAACAAGUGAAGCAUGGAGACACACGACAGAAUCUCCCAGACACUCCAAAGAGGUUUAAUCAGAGUGAAAAUGUGUUGGGAAAAGAGGGCUUCUCCUCUGGAAAAUUCUACUAUGAGGUUCAGGUUAAGGGGAAGACUGCGUGGGUUAUAGGAGUGGUCAAGGAGUCUGUUGACAGGAAGGGACAUAUAUACCUGAAUCCUAGAUAUGGUCUCUGGACAAUAUGGCUGAGAGAUGGGACCUACACGGCUAAUGCAAAUCCCGCUCUUAACCUCUCUCUGAAGGGGAAGCUCCAAAGGGUGGGGGUGUUUGUGGACUAUGACGCAGGUCUGGUCUCAUUUUAUGAUGCAGAUUGCUGGAAGCAUGUCUACUCAUUUAGCAAAGCACCCUUCACUGAGAAAAUCUAUCCAUUCUUCAGCGCUGGUGGUAAUGAGGAAGGUAAUUCUGCCCCUCUUAUAAUCUCACCAGUUCAAGUCUGCCCCAUCAAGUAAAUAGGACAUGCAUCAAUACAAGUGUCACAUGCAAUAAUCAUGUUAAGUGUAUAGUAAUCAUGAAAGUGAUUUAUCUAUUGGAUUUAGCAAUGAUGGCUCAGACCAUGAUGGCACCAAUCCAAUUGUCAAUAUAUUGUACAGAAUGCACAAUGUCAGUAACAAAUAGGGUAAUUUCUCACUCAUCCAGAUGACAACUAUGGAGUUAUUGUGACACACUGCAUGCACCAUUAACAGCUGAUUUAUUCGAGGCUAUCUUGAUGAAUAUUAAGAUAGACAAUAAGAUAGACAAUUACCCUCAGUCUUUUUUUCAGGAAACUUUAAGUUCACAACACUGCAUCCGUGAGUAGAUAGUGAGUAGAUAGUAGCAACAUUGGGUGGGUCCUGCCAUGGCCAACCGGUAGGGCACUCGUCAGACGUGCGUCCGACCCGGGUUUGAUUCCCGGCCUGGGUCCUUUGCUGACACAUUCACAUUUCUCUCCCCAUUCGCUUCCAGGCUACUUCUCAAACUGUCCUGUCAAAUGUGGGUGGGCAGCCGUGGCCUAGUGGUUAGAGAGUUGGUCUUUCAAUCUAGGGGUUGCCGGUUCGGAUCCCCCCUGACCUCUCCCUACACCUCCAUCCAUGGCUGAAGUGCCCUUGCGCAAGGCACCUAACCCCACAUUGCUCCAGGGACUGUGACCAAUACCCUGAAAAAUAGUAGUUGUAAGUUGCUUUGAACAAAUGAAAGCGUCUGCUAAGUGAAAUGUAAUGUAAUAAUGUAAUGUAAUAAUGUCAAAUAAAGUCGUAAAAGACAAAGAAUCUAUCAAAAAAGAUAGUAACAUUUUUGCAAUCUCAAUAUAGCAUACUGUAUCCAAAUUACCUGCCAGCAUUAUUUGUUACAUAAUAAAUAUUGUAAA